AUGGGAUUUAUAGCGAAUAUACUUUGCUGCUCUUCAGAUACUUCCAAAACGCAUCGUCAACGCGAGCAACCAGAGAUUCAUCACAAUCGCAACCGCAAGCACAACCAAAUCCAGGCACAAAAUCCGAGCCGGAAGCAGAAGGUUACUCCAAAAGGUGAUAAGAUGCAAUAUUCUACACCACAGAUCCUUUCACCCAGUGCUGAUCUAGGCAGCAAUGCGGGUGCCAAGGCGAACCAAGACAAUGGAAACAACAACAAUGGAAGGCUGGGGCCGUUAUCGAAAAACCACUCCGACGGGUCGUACGACGAGGAGAAAGAGUACGAAGACUACAAUGAAGGAGACGUGGAGAUGACAGAAGUCAACAAUGCCGGAGAAGAGGAAGACGACGAAGCGAAAGAAAAGCAGGACCAUGUCAUUCACGAAUAUAACGUUGACGCAGAUAGAAAUUCGAGUAUUAUCGACGAAACGCCACAGCAGAGUCAGUAUCAGGUUGUCCAAGAAACAAUAGAUCCCCAAUAUUUGGCCGGCAGCCCUGAUACUAACUUAAAGUUGAUGCCCACUGCAGAAGAGGACUUUUCCGACUUGACGCAUUUGCAGCAAGAACAAUACCAUGCUCCCGGCUACAAUACUCUGCUGCCACCGAAGUUGCAGGAAUUCCAACAGAAGAAAUGCCUGAUCUUAGAUUUGGACGAAACUUUGGUGCAUUCUUCCUUUAAGUACAUGCAAACUGCUGAUUUCGUUUUGCCCGUGGAAAUUGACGACCAGGUUCAUAAUGUCUAUGUCAUUAAGAGACCGGGCGUUGACGAGUUUUUGCACAGAGUGAGUCAAGUAUACGAGGUUGUCGUCUUCACGGCAAGUGUCUCGAGGUAUGCAAACCCUCUUUUAGAUACACUGGAUCCUAACGGAACUAUUCACCACCGGCUAUUCAGAGAGGCUUGCUACAACUACGAAGGUAACUACAUCAAGAACUUAUCACAGAUUGGAAGACCGCUGUCGGAAACAAUUAUCCUAGACAAUUCACCGGCCUCCUAUAUUUUCCACCCACAACAUGCUGUCCCAAUAUCCUCUUGGUUUUCAGACUCUCAUGACAACGAGUUACUGGAUAUUAUCCCACUUUUAGAAGACCUUUCAUCAAAAAAUGUCCUGGACGUGGGAAGUGUGUUAGAUGUAACGAUAUAA